UAAUAUAAGAGAUAAUAAUUAUAAUAAAAAAAGAUUUAAGAAGUUAUGAAACACAAGACAUGAGUGUUACGAUUGAUGUGAACGACGUGUUUGAAGAAGUGGUUAAACAAAACGAAAGACUUGUCAAAGAAAUUGAAUUUUAUGAAGAAGUGGUCAACCAUUUGAUAACAAAUGUUAAGACAUGUAUUGUUUGUCAACAAAAUGAUGUCAUAAAUGAAAGAAUCAGUCGAUUGGAGACACAUUUGAAGAGUAAAACUAUCGAUAAGUCAACUAAUGUUAAGAGUGAUGAUAAUGACUGCUAUAAUAAAUUGAAGACAAAUGUAAAGAGAAAAAAAUUAACGAAAACGAAAAAUACAAAUAAAAGUAGUAUUGAAGACUUAAGAGAUGUCGAUAACAAACAACAUUCAGAUAAAACCAAUGUCUCGACAAUAUCUGAACAAUUAAGUGAUGAAAGAGAGAGCGAUAUAAAAAUCAAAACAAAUUUAAAGACAAAAUCAAUGACAAAAAAGAAAAGAAAUUUAAAAAUAGUGUUUAAAACUAACAAUAAAACCAUUUUGAAAGAUAUCCACGAAGUGGACAAUGAUGUGGACAGAAGUGAAUCGACUGCUAAACGGCUAAAGAUUGGACCGACUGUUAAAAAACGAAAGAUUAAACCAUAUAAUGAUGAAUAUGCAGAACAAAGAACAGCAUUAAGACUUAGCUCGAAAACCGACGAAGGCUUUUAUUUGUGCAAUACAUGCGGCUAUCAAAACAGUAAGUUUGUCCACUACGAGACACACGUCAAUCGGCUUCACCUUAAGAUUAGGCCAUACAACUGCGACAGCUGUACGGAACAGUUUUUCGGUUGCCAUGAUUUAAGACAUCAUAAGUUAGACAAACAUCGCACUGAUUUGGAUCAAGUGAUUGCACCGAAAUCGUUGGCCUGCGACUCGUGCGACCAGUUUUAUAGUAAUAGAAAAUCAUUGGAACGACACCGACGUAUUAAACAUAACAUCGGUCCCACUGUUCCCUACUAUUACUGUAUUUGGAAGAACUGCCCGUUCAAGUCAUACUCGAAACCAGCUUUAAUGGUGCACCGUAAGAUACAUUUAGGUAUUCGUGAUUUUGUGUGCGAAUGGCCCGGCUGUGAGUUUAAGGCGGUUACCAAAAAAAAUUUAGAAAUACAUCAAUUUGUACACAACGAUCAACUACCCUACCGGUGCCAGUGGCCAGGUUGCGAGUUUCGAACUAAACAAGAGUUACUAUUAAAACGACACAUAAAUAGAGUUCACGAAGAUAUACCCCGCAAACUGGCGUGUCAUUGGCCCGGAUGUGACAAACGGUUUAGGUUUACCCAUGAUUUGACAAUACAUUUGGAAACACAUAACGAACCACAUCUACCCUGUCCUCAUUGUAGCAAAAUAUUUAAGACAAAUAAGUAUUUGGAGGCACACCUGAUAUCGCACCGAAAAGUAAAACUAUUCAAAUGUCCGGUCGAUGGAUGCGAGACAAAGAUAUCGCGAAAAUGUAAUAUUAAACAACAUUUGAGUGUUCAUCACAAGGAUUGGUCUGAAACUAAAACAUAGUUUUUGAUAAUUGUUGGGAACG